AUGUCUACGCAGGUUUGUGGUGUUCUUCCUCGACGACGUUAUACAGCUAUCAGUGUAAUAAAUGGAGCCAUUGAUUCUUCUGCAGUGAUGCUACUAAUAUUUAAGGUACAGUGUUGUAACCUUAGAAAUAAUAGACCUAGAAUGCGUGCUUGGUCACUUGAGCGGUGUCCAAAUUGAAAACAGGAAUGCCCUUAUAAAUCCGCUAUUUUGAAUUUGAGCAUAGGAGUGCAAACUAGAAAGUAUAAAGCAAAGCUAAAACUAAGUUUUCAUCGUCAAAACGUUUUGUCUUGCUGUCUAAUUUGUAGUUUGGGGAAAUAUUUGAAAUAUUAAGUUCUUUAAGGCUCAAAGCAAAUGUGCAGUUACAAAAACGGUGAAAAUCGUGCAGCCUUGUAAAAACAAAGUAGUUUCGCGUAUUAAAAUAUAAUUUACUCAUAAUUCAUAAAACAAACUCUGAACGUAACUGCUUUGCUAAUAUUUUCUUCAAGUACAAAAUGAUAGUUUGUUCUUCGUCGGGUUUCGUUUUUCUUCAAUCUAAACGCAGUGUUUUCACGUUUUUAAAAAAAAAAAUAUUUAUUUGUCGAUAAACGGCCCCUAAAAAAUCGUCGAAAACUAUGGUUUCAAAAGCGUUGCCUCAAGCUCAAGCAACGUAAAAAAUAUAGAAAAGUAGUUGUGAAAGUUUAAAAGAUUACUAAACUCCAUUUAUAUUACAAAACAGCUAAAAUAUUUUAGAACAUACCUUAGUAUUGAGUUUGAGUUUGUCUUAAUCUUUCGUGUUUUGUUUUGGCUUGCACAACAACGUUGAAAAUGAAUUUUCAAACGACGAUUUCUGUAUAUACUCUAUUCAGAACUAUUGCUUUUCGUAAAAAAAACACUGGAAUGGGUUUUUCUACUUUAAAAAAACUCUUUUUCUACUUGAAGUCUCGCAAAUAAAUGUUUUUGCAAACUGUGGUGAAAAAACAACUCGCACUCCCGGCAACCGCGCGAAAUUCCUUGCCGCAGGAGACUGGGACUAGCCAAAAUGCCCUUAUAAAUCCGCCAUUUUGUGGAGACAAAAUUUUCGCUGAGAAAAGAUAGGUGCACGCAUUCUAUGUCUAUUAUUUUUAUGGUUGUAACGUAGUGAUAAAAAUGAUGACUAAUGCAUGGCAACUUGAUGUCAUGCUCAAACAAUGUAAACAGUUAAAUCUAAUGAUUGCGGUGUUACACUUCGUUGCUCCACACGAGAAAAACUGAAGACUGACUUCUUCAUCAACCGUAUGUAUAUAUAUAUAUAUAUAUAUAUAUAUAUAUAUAUAUAUAUAUAUAUAUAUAUAUAUAUAUAUAUAUAUAUAUAUAUAUAUGCGCUGUCUGGAAAUUAUGAAAUAAUGAAAACAUUUCCAACUUAUCAUAUUACGGAGUUAAUAAUAUACAUAGAAAUAUUACUCGACUCUGAUUGGUUGGUUUCAGUGCAUUAAAUCCCAAACAGUAGUGCAAAAAUCUGUAACAACGGUGCAAAAAUCUGUAACAACAGUGCAAAAAUCUGUAACAACAGUGCAAAAAUCUGUAACAAACUGAUCUGAUUGGUGGAUAAACAUUGUGAUGAUAAAAUCAACCAAUCAGUUUAGAGCAGUUUAGUUUAGAGAAGUAACGUUAACGGUCACAGAUUGCUUCAAAACAAAACGAACAUGGCGCCGCGCUACACAAUGUAAAAGUUGCCUUCGCAUGGAAAAUUUGGCUUUUAUCUUUAUUUUUAAAUGGAAAAGAAUUUACCUUAAACAAGACUAACAAAAAUAACAGAGUUGAGUGGAAUUUUCAAGCUGUUAGCGUUGUAUAAUGUAACAUAACAAAGUCAAAGACAGGAACACUUUGCCAGUGGAAUGUUCGCUAUAAUCGCGUAAGUUAUUAAAACUACAAUUGGUCGAACAUUUUUAUGUAAAUUAUUAAUAAGUAAUAGCAUGGUAUCGUCAUUGACCCAUGUCGUUGAACAAUGAAAAAUUUUGCUGUGAAAUUAGUGAAGAUAACAUAGCAGUUUGUGAGAAAAUUGCGGGUCUCCGGAGUGGGAACUUUUCGGAUUUGAACUCAGCGUGUUGGAAAGUGAUAGUUCCCGCAAAAAUAUUUCAGAUAUGAGACAUGGUUAAUGAAAAUCGUUUUCUAGGCACUUUUCGAGGUCACAACACCCGAUUUCUUUGCAUGUUUCAAAUUAAUUUUAUGCAUGCUCGGACGUUUGCAUAAAUUACAGUACGAAAUUCGCAAGCCAAUUCCCAGAGUUAUAGUAACAGCGUUUAUUUACAAAAUUAUUGACAUGCAUGUAGUGUUUUUUUACAAACAAAAUCAAUCUUCAACAUAGGAGGGCACGUUGAAGAUUGAUUUUGUUUGCAAAUAAACACUACAUGCAUGUCAAUAAUUUUGUAAAUAAACGCUGAUACUAACUCUAGGACCUUUUGGAAUUGGCUUGCGAAUUUCGUACUGUAAUUUAUGCAAGCGUCCGAGCGUGCAUAAAAUUAAUUUGAAAUCAUGCAAAGAAAUCGCGUUUGAACUAUAACAAAAUGCGAGAAAAUCGAGGUUUGAAGAUCUCGCGUUGGCCUAUACGCCUGCACCUAAUUUCUUGAAACUUUGAUAGUAUAGCUUGUACAAGACAGUCCAUAUAUUUUGACUCUGUGGGAUAAAAUUUUGAUUCCGAUGAAAAGUUUUUUUGCGCAAGGGGGGGGGGGGGGAUUAUUAACAGCUUUCCUACUCUAAAAACGCUAGCAUUUGAAAUAAUUUUAGUAAUUUAGAGAGAUGUACCAGAGAACGCUAAAGUACAUAGGCUCACUGAAAGAUUUUGCAAAUGUCGCGCGCAUCUGACUUUAGUGAACUUUCUCUAACUGCGUAGUUUUUUCCUGAUACACCCUGUAUAUAUAUACAUAAAUAAUUGUAAAAGCUAUAGUUGUUCAUUUUCUUUCAUUACUUCUUCCAGUUAUGUUAUAAUUCUGGGAUUUCAUUCAAAACUAUCAUCAUCGUUUACUAUUCCUUUAUAUUUGGACAUGGAUUGUUGUUUACGUUUUCGAUAUUUCCCAAAGAUCUAACAGAUAGCACUAAUACAGAUAUUGGCAAUGGCGGAAGUAAUGAAGAACAUUCUAUCUCAAGUAAAGCUGAUAGCAAUGACUUAGAUAUUCAUACAGUUGGACAAUUGGAAAACGAAAAUGUAUUUACUAUAUCUGGCGAAGGUAUAAGGAAAAUGACUCAGACAAUAUUCAAAUACAAAUGUAUGCCAGUGUAGAUAGUGCCAUUAAUAACAAAACUUCAGCCGAUGGGGAUACAACUAUACCUGAAAAUACAAGGAGAAUUUAGAAGUGCCUUCGCACGAAACGAGUCGAAGUUCUGUAUUCAUCAGGUAGUUGUAUCCCUAUCAGCCGACGUUUUGCUGAGGCAAAAGUACUACAGUUCACCUCAGAAAGCAAUAUAAAUAUAUCGCUCGGACUUUCACUGUUUAAAUACCAGUUAUGUUAAUUUACGCUAUACAUCUAUAGUUACACAGUCUUUCAACCUUAUUUUCAUAUAGGGAAGAUAAGCCUUCUCUCCAUAAUCAAAGGUCCAAAGUUUAUGAUCCACACAUGUUUUGUUUCGAUUACAACUUUACGGUCUUUUUUUUUCAUUGGAAUAAUCAACAAGUCGUUGAAACGUCUCACAAAUGACGAAGAAAAAGGUGUGUAAAAAACACUAUUUUGCUGAAUGUCUGUUUGUGUUAUGUCGUCAGUACAUUUGUCUUGUACCACCGCGAGCAUGCAUGCAGGUUCCAUACCAUGCAUGCAGUAUAUGCCGUUGUCUGAUUGUAGGUAGCUAAUUUGCCUCACGCAUGCAGUACGUCGACAAGGACGUAGCUAAAGUGAACAUGUUAUGUAUUUGGCUUCUGUGUGAUCAGUGUUAACUUGUGACUCGUUCUUUAGAAAAUAUAACGAAUUAAUAGAUAUAGAAUGCGAACCUGAUCAAGAAUGUGUCUCCACUUUUUCUCAUGCGAUUGAAUUUGACUAUAGGAGUGCGCAUAUGACUCAUCCACAUCGAGUCGGUAUACCGAGAAUAACUCAAUCAUAUGGUGACUGUAUUGUUAAUAUAAAUUAAAUAGUAUUCCAAUAACAGUUUCGGCAAUAAAUGUUCGUGAUUUUUAUAACAAUUGUAUCGCUGGAUUAUUUCUAGUCAUUGCCGUGAGCAAAAUCCAGGCAUGGAAUGGAUGGAUGUAUGCAAGCUGGGUUUUUAGCCAUCAAUUUUUAUCAAUCCAAGAGAGUAGUGACACCCUUUUCAACAAAUGCUUUGGUACAUUAUGCAAUACCCAUAUUAUACAGUAUAAGUCAGAUACGGAUCCAUAUUUCAUUUUCAGUGGAUUUUUAUCUUACCAUACUUGGAUUGAUUCAAUUUACUGGCAUAGUUCUGGCCUUUGUUCCUGGCUUUCUCCUUGAUUGGUCUCCUGCUGGUAGACAUCGCAACUUUUCAAUCAUUAUAUCUUUUGUUCUCACGGGAUUAAUCUCAAUCCUUGUGACUGUCGGUCUUCUAAUUCCAGUUCUCGAAUUACAGGUAAAGUUCAAUUAUAUUAUUCUAUCAAUUAUAAGAAUAUUAGCAACAGCCAAAGCUAACAACUAUAUGGAGUUACCACCCCGUAGAGCAACCCCAGUAGCUAUGCGCGUGUGGAAAAUAUCAACUGCCAUAUCGACGACUGCCUCAUCUAAGAUUGUAUUUCAUAGAGACCGUUAUGUUUUGAAGUUACGAUAAGUGUCUGUAAUGGUGUAAAUUUUCGAAAAAUAAAUUGCCCCAUCGACAUGAAAUUUAAUUUUUUUUUGAAAAAUGUAGGGCAAAUUUGAGUCCCCCCCAAUAAAAAUUUGCUUCCGACGAUACUAAAGUUCAGUAUAGCAGCUUACUUCCAACUAAUAUGCGACGCCGCAGACUCUAUUCGAAUUCUAUAUGCCAUAAUAGAGUCGCAGGCUAACUUGCAACACAUAUUUGGAAAAUCCAAACAUUUAUCCUGUGAAACAAACGUUGGCAUUACUUACGAAUUAAAUUACGUGAUGGGCGGGGGCGCACAUUAAGGGGGCGGGAACACCGCGGAAAAACAUCUACGCAUGCGUGGGGCACAAAAAAAUGGCGAGGAAUUUAAAUACCAAAUUGUAAACAAAAACAUAUAUGGCUAUUCGGAAUGAUUUAAGGUAAUUUAAACAAACAAAAAAUACAUUAGACGGGUGGUUUAUACAUGAAUAAAUAGAUUUUAACAUUUAAAAUCUAAAAAGAAACAGAAUUUAAAUUAAAAAUUACCGUUCAAGACCAGUCGUGUGAACAUUUCUUGAAAAAUUGUCGAAUACCGAACUUAAAGCAGAAAAGUUAAGAAAACUAUAGCAUAGUUAAGUAUUUGCACACGAUUAAAUUGUAGAGGAAAUCAUUACCCUUAAAUAUAGUCAACGCAAAAAUUAUACAUGCUACGCGAAAAAUUAGUUAUUGACAAAAAUGUGGAUUAUAUGAACCUACGAAAAAUAUCUAUGUAUGGUUCAGUUAAAGAACGUUUUAUGCAAUAAAUUUAUCAACAGUCACCUUUGGUUUAUUUUCUUGCAUAAUACUACUUCUUGCACAUGUAGACUAUAAUUAUUUCUAGUUUUUAGGUUGUCACAUUCAUUAUUCCGCUUGCAUUUUCAUAAAAAAGGCAAAACAUUGAAGUCGCUUCCAUUUUGAGUUUUUGACAACAUUCGGAACACUUGACAUCCGUGCCGGAAAGUGCAGGAAAUGGCAUUUCCGAGCCUCGGUUUAGAAAAUUUUACACUGGGGAUCAUGCCUCCGGACAGCCCUAGUUUUCAGCGCUCCUAUUUUGCUAUUCUGUUACAGUUAAUCACGUGAUCCGAACCCCCUCCCCAGCAUUUUUUUUAAUGUGCGCCACUGGUGAUGGGCAACUAUUAAAGUCACUCAUGCUUCUCUUGAUAAAUCCAAUUAAUUAGUAAUAGCAAUGCCUACUAAACGGCUCACUUUUAAAUAUAGUUUCACUGAAAAUUUUGUUCAUUACGUUUUAACUGCCAGUCCGAAAAAGGACGAGUUUUUUCAUUCUUCUAUAUGGUUUGAGAACUCGUUCUUUACAAUCACUGAAUUGUCCCGUUUAUUUUUAGAUUUUCAAUUUUUUUCUUUAUACCAUCUUGAGUUCAUUUCUGUUUUCUACUCACGGAUCUUUUAUUAUGAAAGAGUAAGUAAAUUUUAUUUUCUCCAUUUACUGUCGUUUUGGGGUUCUUCAGAUCCGUCAAAGUACAUAAUCACCAGAACAGAGGGGACCUGACAUGUUCGGAAUUGCUAAUAAGGCCCAUGUACUCAUGCUCUUGAAAAUGUUGCUAUAUAUAAUAUUGAAAUAUUGCAAUUGAAGGAAAAUAUCAAUUUUAUAUUUUCCAUUAUCGAUUGCUUGAGUAAUUCUGUCAGCAAGUUCAAUGAUUGCAAAUUCAAUGAACCUAUUUUCUCCAAUUCAAUGAAUCUAUUUUCCCAGAACAUAGGGACUUAACAUGUUCGGCAUUGUCAUUUACUUCUUUUUGAAAAUAUCGUUAUAAUUAUAUAAUAUCGAAGUAUUUCAGUAUAUACCAAUUUUAUAUUUUGCAUUAUCGACUGCUUGAGUAAUUCAAUCUGUCAACAAGUUCAAUGAUUGCAAAUUCAAUGAAUCUAUUUUCUCUAAUUCAAUGAAUCUAUUUUCUCAGAACAGAGGGGAUUUGACAUGUUCGGCAUUGCCAUUUACUGCUUUUUGAAAAUACCGCGAUAUAUAAUCCCUGAUAUAUAAUCCCGGGGUGAGAGUACCAAUAUAAUUCCGCCCGGCUAUUGACAUUCGGAGAAGGAAAAGCAUUAGAGAGAAUUGGCGAAAUCUAAAGUUAGUCAAUGACGCGGACGCGUGACUAUGGUCCAUGGGUGGACCCCCUCACUGAUCUCAAAAAUAUGGCUGUUUGCUAGGAGUGGGAUAAGCAAGAUUUCAAUUUUCAAAAGCAUAUAUAUUCGGAAAAUUACGUUUCGCACAAUGAGCUUUGAAGCAAUUUUUGUUUGAAGAAAUGAGAAGAAUUGAUUUACUAUGGAAAAUCGUGAAAUAUAGGGCAAGUUUUCUUUGAAUGUUAAAUGUUUUAGUUUAUGAAUUUUGUUGUUUAAUUUAUUGCGUACAAAAAACAUCGGCACUGGUUUCCUUUUCAAUGAAGCUGUAAGUUUCCUAAAUUACGUACCCUGUUUAAUUUAAGAAAACAGGUAAAAUUUAACGGACAGCAAAUUAAGUUGAAGACCUAACUAAAAUUACUCAACAAUUUGAAGUAAAAAAAAACAUGCAGUUUAUCGACAAAAGCAGUUUAGUUAUUAAAAUAAACGUUUUAAAACAUUUUGCGAACCGAUUCGGGUUAUACUUAACAAACGUAAAACAUUUUCCGUGUUGAUAUACAGUUAUAUCAACACGAGUGGAAACUGAGAAAACGAGAAAUUUUGUGGAAACACGACGCCGGAGGGCGGAGUGUUUUCACACAAUGUCGAGUUUUCCCAGUUUCCACGAGUGUUGAUAUAACUAUAGAUCAAUACGGAAAAAUGUUUUAUAUUUUUUUAUAAUAUAUCACAAAGAAAUAUAAAGAAAGAAAUUUUCCGACUUUUCCGUAUUGACAUUGAGUUAUAUCAACACGGCUCUUAGCCAAUCAGUGUUCAGAAUUUACAAAUGCUAUAUUAUAAUUUACAUUAAGUCAAAGCUCACAAAUCCAGAACAACAUAGUAGCCUACCUACAGUGCAUAUUUCGGAAAUUCAUUGUUAUAUAUUAGUUAAAAGCAAUAAUCUUUCAACUGUUUUUUCCAUGUUGUACAAAAAUAUUAUAUAAAUUAAAAUUAUCGUGUUGCCAUGGCAAUUGGCAACACUGACGUAAACGUGAGCCUGCGGUCAGUAUUGAUUAAUUACUAAUACUCCAUAUUGAAUCAAUGUUUGGAUUGUUUGGAAAAUAUACGCGGGGGAUUGCUGCAUUUUUCAUUAUUGAUUGCUUGAGUAAUUCUGUCAACAAGUUUAAUGAUUGGAAAUUCAACGAAUCUAUUUUCUCAGAACAGAGGGGACUUGGUAUGUUCGGCAUUGCCAUUUACUGCUUCAGUUAAAAAUAUCACUAUAUAUAUAUAUAUAUAUAUAAUGUGAUAAUCGAAAUAUUGUAAUUGAAGGAAAAUACAAAUUGUAUAUUUUCAUUAUCGAUUGCUUGAGUAAUUCUGUCAAUAAGUUCAAUAAUUGCAAAUUCAAUGAACCUAUUUUCUCUAAAACCAUACUGAUGAUUUUUUGACCCUAUCCGGACUGGGGAAGGGAGAGCCCGCGCCAAAUUUGAAUGGUUAUAAUUUUUGCCCCACUUAAUUUAGAUAUAAUUAUUUACUUCUUGGCAACCGGUUUUUAGUAUUUUAUCAACUUUUUUGUGCCCACGUGAUAUAUUUGUAAGCUGCCUAACAUUUGAGUAAUUAAAAAGAACUUAUUUGAGUUAUUAUUACCAUUUAUGACGUCAUCAAUCAAAGAUGGAGGCAUUCAAGAUGACGGAAUCACGACGUCACGAAAUGACUUAAUCUAUUUACAAAUCUGGGCGUUUAGCUUUCAAAGUGAAGACCAUGCACAGAAAACUUUAAAUGACCAAUUGGCAAUUCCAGCUAAAAACUAAAUUUUGAUCUAAGCAAGAAGAACAAAAUCCAUCACCACAGAUAGAAUGAGCUUGUUAAAAGUAGUAAAAUUGCGAAGUUUGGCCGCGAGAUGUUGUAAAAUGCGGAAAGCAUAGCCCUGCGAAAUUUUCAAAUUUUGUAUUAAUUUGUAUCACGCGCGGGAGAAUGCAUCACAUUUGGGCCGAAAGUGGUGCAAAUUCCCGUGCGUAAUAAAAAUAAAUGAUACAAAUUAAUUAAUACAAAAUUUACAAAUUUCGCAGGGCUAUAUUUUCCUCAUUUUACAAAAUUUUGCAACCAAACUUUGCAAUUUUAGUAAUUUUAACAUGCUUUUUCCAGCUUUGGUGAUAUGGAUUGUUUUCUUCUUGUCUACUGUAGAUCAAAAUGUAAUCCAUAGCUGGUAUCAUCCAUGGAUGCAAUAAUUCUCCGAAUAAAGUUUAUAAUUAAUAUUUUCAAUAAAAAUCCGCCAAAUCUCAUAUCUGUACGUAUAUGUAAUGAUAAUAACAAACUUUUUCUCCAAUUUCUUUUUUUUUCAUACUUUUUUUAACUCUAUACUGUAUUUCUGCUCUAAUAUUGAAAUAGAUUAAAAAUUGCAAAACAAUAGCUCUGCAAUAUAUUCUAGAAAUUUAUUAUUAAAUAAUUUGAUGACGACUUCAUAAUGACGUCACCACGUACGUGCUACCAGAAGUUGCAGUUACUAUGGUACCAGAAGUUGCAGUUCGGCUUGUCCUAGCACUGGCAUCAUUUUCUGAAAGUUUCAUUUCAUUUUAAAAUAUUUUCUGCAGGCACUACCCCAAUAAUUUUGAAAAACCUUGAGGACAGAAGUGGGUCGAUAAUUUUGAAAUUCGUUAUUUUCGUUUCUUUAUCAGUGUGGGUGACCAGGGUUAUUUUGAGGUUAUCAGCAAUAGAUCUAGAUCCACUGAUAAAAGUUAAACUAGAAAAUACAUGCAUACAUAAACCCUCGCUUUGCUGACAAAACCAUUAUAUUUUGCGAACAUGAAUUAUUUAAAUGUAAUUUGUUACUUGUUAAAGUUAAAUAUGUUAUUUAUAAUCUUAGUAUGUAUAGACUACUGAACUAUAAAUAACUGGAAUGCUAAAUCAGGGGGGAGGGGUUGAAGCCGUGCUUGAAGCUUUUUCUGUAGGUAGACCCAGUCCUUUUUACAUUUUUUUUCAAAAUAUGCACAUUUUUCGAUUACAAAAAUCUUGCCCCAAAAUAUUAGUUGUACUACCAAAUUUAAUUUAUAUCAGUAGUAUUAUAAAUGAAUUUAAUAUUCGCAAAGCAAACAAAUCACGUAUUAGCAAAAAAAUACGAGAAAACACGGCCAUAAGCAUGAACGGUCAGAAAAACCGCGCGUUUUACGCUGCUUUUUCUGAGUUUUUGGAAGUUUAAGAUAAAACUAAGACGUCAUACCUAAGGAAUUAUUUAAACCCAUGCAAAAUACAUCUGUAUGCGAAGUUUCAAGAAGAUUGAACGUUUUAAGGUCGAAAAAAAAGCAUUUGAAAAUUGACAAAAAUAUUGUCUAUGUAUUGCUAUGAUUGCUACUGUUAGUCGGUCGCUCACGUCAGGGUUAAAGUUUUCAUAGCAGGUUUAUUAAAAAGCUAAUUUUAAAGGGAAUGUAAAACCGAAGUGUGUUUUGCUUCUAAAAAAGGAUAUGCCUUAUAGCUGUGUUGUUUGUGGAUGCAGGAGUAAUAAAAAUAAGGAAAACGAGGAACACAUAGAGCAUAUAGCCUACCACAGGUGAGUCUAUAUGUGCAUGCAUAAUGUUUACAUAAGAAACCAAUAAAAAAUCAGGAAAUAAUUGCAUAACGUUUUAUUUACCAACAUAUCUACACACAGUAUAUACAUAGUCUGACAAUUUACAUUUACAAAAUAAUAAUAUAAACUUUAAGAUUCCCCUUGAAGAAUAAGGAGCUGUUGGAAAAAUGGGAGGAAGUGGUCAAGAGAGUAAAAAAUGAUGGAAAUGGAUGGAGGGCAACACAGCAUAGUUUUAUUUGCGGCAAGCACUUUGAAAAGGAUGACUACAUUCAACUCCCAACAGCUGAUACAGUUUCAUGCAGGCUUAAAAUAAGUGCCAUACCCUCAUUGUUCAAGAUUGACCUAUUUUCAUGUCACAACAGAAUGCGACAACAUGCUGGUACACACAUCAUGGAAACGAUCAGUCAACAGGAUACCCCACAGCCAGCAAAAGUGCAUAUAAACAAAAAUUAUGAAAAAGUCUUCAGAAUGGGAAGCAACGAUACAGAAAUAUCUAAUAAGCAAUUGAAAUCAAAAGUAAGAAACUUACAGCAACAACUGCGUCGAUGCAAAUCAAAAAUCGCCAACAUGUCAGAUGUCAUCAACAACUUAGAGCAGAACUUGAUUGCCAAAACCGAAAUUGCUGACAGAUUGCAUGCUUCAUUUGAUAAAUUACAACUAUCCAUUUUCCACAAUGCCAAAAACAACACCACUAUCUCCCCAUGUGGCAGACGAUACGCAGACGACAUCAAAGAAUUCUCUAUAACAUUAUACUUUAUUCACCUAAGGCAUAUGAAUAUGUGAGGUCAAUCAUACCACUGCCAAAUCCAUCUUUGAUCAGAAAAUGGUCAAGCUCAGUUGACUGCGAGCCAGGUUUCCUGCAGGAGGCAUUCCAAUCGUUGCAAAAUGAGGCAGAUAAAACACCAUCGAAGAAAGACUGUGGUCUCAUUAUUGAUGCCAUGUCAAUAAGGAAGCAAACAUUGUGGGACCCAAAGAAAGAACAGUACUCGGGUUUUGUUAAUUAUGGCCCGGUACUACCUGAAGAUCCUGAAACCGUUGCAUCUGAAGCAUUAGUUUUCAUAUUGGUUGGAAUACGAACCCGGUGGAAGUGUCCGAUUGGUUAUUUUCUGGCUGAUAAAAUGAAUGCUAAAACCCAAGCACAGCUGGUUAGGAUGGCCUUGGAAAAGGCAGCUGACGCAGGAUUAAGGGUUUGGUCAAUAAAUGCCGAUGGUACAUCUGUCAAUGUCAGCACGUUUACUCAAUUGGGUUGCAUAUUUGGUACAACAUACUACUCCAUGGUAACCAUGUUUAAGCAUCCAUCACGGAAUUACAAUGUCUAUGUAAUAUUGGAUACAUGCAAUAUGCUAAAACUCGCACGAAAUGCACUGGCCAGCUUAGGUUCAUUUUAUGACAGUGACGGUGGUGAAAUUCAAUGGAAGUUCUUUCAUCUUCUCCAUAACCUUCAAGAAGAUGAAAGAUUGAAUUUAGGAAACAAAUUCUCAGCACAGCACCUACAAUUUCAAAAGCAUAAAAUGAAUGUAAGAUUAGCUGCACAGACCCUAAGCUCAUCAGUGGCAAAUGCAAUCGAAUUUCUGGACGUUUCGGUGCAGCGACCGCAAUUUAAGAACAGUGGGCCUACUGUAAACUUUAUAAGAAAUAUUGACAGAGCAUUUGACAUUCUUAAUUCUAGAUGUCCUCGGGCUAAGGGAUGCAAGCAGCCUCUGAGAACCAAAUCAAUAGAUACAGGGCAAGAUUAUCUAAAAUCAACAGCAGAAUAUCUACUGUCACUGGUUGGGAAACAAGGAAAGAAUAAAGAACAAGAGCUUCUUUCUACUCACAGAAGAAAAACAUUUAUUGUUGGUUUUGUAGCUACCAUAAAAUCUACCAUCAACAUGGCAAAUGAAAUGUUUUAACUGAAAGAAAAUCCUUUUGCAUAUCUGUUAACGUACAAGUUCUCGCAAGAUUACAUUGAAUUGUUGUUCUCGUGUAUACGCUCUAAGGGUGGUUGGAACAAUAAUCCAAACAGUAUGCAGUUAAAAUACGCUCUUAGAAAAAUGUUUUUCACGAAUGCAGUGAAAGCCUCGAGGUUUUUCUUCGGGAAUAAUUCCAAUUUUACACAAGAGAAAACACAGAUACCCCUUAUCGAAGAAGAAAAGCCAGAACAUGGCCAGAAAUUGCGGACAUGGAUUCUGAGCAUGUGCGAACUUUCACAAACAAAAUGGCGGAUUUGUUAUAUAUAAAUCAUUAGGAGUGGCGCGGUUUUUUUCAAUUUAAACGUGUUUGGUAAUAGCUAUGUCAUUUGCAGACUUCGCAAUAUUAUAAAUUAUAUCUGGACCAUAAAACAGAAAAGUUUCGCAUCGAAAUCUUACCUAUAAGUUGUUCCAUUAUUCAAGUUCACUUCAUAGUACAUCGGCGUAUAAUAAAGUAUAAUAAAACUUGAGAAAAUCGUUGAAAACGUACAUUUUGCUCUGGCCGCAUGUAUCCCUCGAACCCUUCAUGAAAUUUGCAGACUUCCCGUCGUAUAAUAUAUGUUGUCCCCUGCUUGUCUGCAUAAUUUCAUAGUGAUACAAAUUUUUUAACUUGUUCCAAUUUACGGGACAAAAUGUUGAUAUUUUACCCAUAAAUACCUGUCCAUAGACCGUAAAACAUUGCAAGAAGAACGAUGUUUAAUGAAUUGUCGUCCAUGUUUGAUAUCAACAAGAAGCUUAGGAACCAGGCUUUCUUCCAGUGUGGGUUACACAGAGGGAUAGCGAUGUAUACACAAAAUAUUUGAGUCGUUUACCAUGCGCAUCACUUUAUAUCCCAUCAUAAUAAAUGAAAGGUAUGUAAAAGGCCGACAGUACCUAUUAUAUCUAUUUUCCUGCUUUAGUUAAACAAAAAACUAAGCAAAAUGUAUUUAUUUAGUUAAAACUUGCGUUUGUUAGGUAUGAAUAACUUUUCAGAGGAAAAACCGCUGAGAUACAUUGCGGGCGCAUGUCCUAAAUUUCUGGCCAUGAAUUAUUCCCGGUUUACACUAACAGAGCAGCUGCUAGUUGAACAGUUAGCUGAAAGAGGACAUUCAGAAAUUAUGGGAAACAUUCUGUUCUACAUCAGUGGAUUCAUAGUCAAAAAGUUGAUAAAAUUACUUGCCUGUACAGCUUGCAGAAGUUGUCUCAUUUCAAGUCUUUCAUCCUCAUCAGUCGACCAUGAUUACUGCGGUGCAAAAACCACACAACAUUCUGACACUCCAGCAGCCUCAGCUUCCACGCUAUUCGUCAACAGAGGCGGUUUAACCAUUUCCUCGCAAUCAGUCUACGCCGUUGUCAAGUAUGCUGAACAUAUUUUAAAGCGUUUGUUGUCAAGGAUGGGAAACACAUCAACUCAAGUGAAAAACUACGCAGUAAAAUGAUCAUGGAAGUCUGCCAUCAUUUUGUUGUCAAUGAGUCCUGUCAUGUAAAUAUCUUUGGCGAUCAUGAUCCCGGGAUGAACGAAGUUGGUUUGGACGAAAACCACAAGCUAAAAUUGAUCAAGUGCACUGCCGACAAGUACUUUGCGCUACGACUCUUCACGUACGGCAAGCGUUAUUGUGAAUCUGUUGUUCAAAAUGGAAAACAAAAUGACAGAUUUCAGUUAACUAAAUUAAUUUUGUUUAAUAACCAGUGAAAUAUUAAUAAAAUACUGGUAUAUUUGUACUUAUCUUUGUGUGUUGUGCUGUUUUAUAUGGCGAUGUUAAUAUUUAACUGACCAUAUCUUGCCGGUUGUCAGUUUGUCUGAAAUAUGUUCCGUUUAAAAUAGCAUUGAUCGUUGUCAUUUUCAAACUUUUUUGAUUCCGUCCCACUUCUUAUACACAGAAGACUUUUCCUAGAUCAUUAGAAAUACAUAAAGCAUCUCAAAAACGAAAGAAAAAGGCAACAAAUUGUGCAAUUUUACAUCGAACAUUUCCCAUUUUCGAUCGCCGCUCCUCAAGCACGCGUCCUCCAGUUUCCAGGGGGGUGUGUGUGAAAAUUUUUUGGGGCGAGCUGGCUUCAACCAAUCAUAGGACUCUAUCAUAGGAGUUAGCCUUCCAGUUAUAUUUAGUUCAAUGGUAUAGACCAAUUGCGAAACUUAGUGACCGCGCCUUAAACUGCACGAAAACGAGGCUUAUUAUGCAAAAACAAUUAAAGAAAUCAUUCUGCUAUAUUUUUAUAUAGCGAAAAAUGAAUUUCAGUGUUUAAGACGCGUUUUUAUGGUAAUCUCUUCAUUUUUUUUCAAUAUUUCUGUUUUGACUAUGUAAAUCUUUAUUAAACUUGUUCAUAGAUUUAGUCUUACUUCAAAUUGCAUUGAUUUUCGCGGCGUGCAAGGCAUUGUUUUGCUGUUUUUCGCCGUCCGAUAAAAGAAGCAGAUUAUACCAGAGAAAGAAUCAGGUAUUUUCCGUCUGUUUUAUUAAUACAUUUCAAAAAAUAAGUUGUAACAUUGAUUAAUUUUGUUUCAGUUGUUAUAUAAUAGCAAGUUUUCGAUUUUAACUUUAAAAAUAUGAAAGUAAAUGUCGGGCAAAAUUUGUAGAAAUUUUAUGUUAUUAUCUUUGACAAAAUCGGUUGUUUCUCGCCCGCGCGAAUUCUAAAAAAAUCUGAGUAGAAAGAGUUAUAUUUUAGUUUGCUAAGUUAUACUGGCUAUUUUAUUUGCAUCUUGAUCAGAUUUUAAAGUCUAGAUUUUUUCAAUCGCAUGCUAAAACAACAACGAAAUAUCUCUCCAAAGCGGAUAAAAAUAUAGUGGGAAAUUGAUGUUUAGGGAAGCCUCACAUAUCGAUUUUGUCCAUGAGAAACGUCAUAUGUUCGUUUCUCUGGAGACCCCCCCCCACCCCCCUUAGAAACGUCACACAUAGUUAUCGAUAUUUUGUUCUUACAGUACACUAUGAGUACACAUAAGGUAAUUUUCUACUAUUUUUUUUCGGUCGGCUAUUGGCGAUGCUUCCGCGAGGAAUAUGUCAUCUGCUGACAUACUCUUUUUUUAUUAAUAUAUAUAUAUAUAUAAACUUCGAAAUUUCCAACGUUUCUCAAAACAAUUUUUUUUGCAUGAAAUAUUGUAAUUUUAGCGCGUUUUUCUUGAAAUUUGAGUGUUUUCAAAGCAAGGAAGGCGUAAUAAUAUAAAUAUAUAGGUAUAUAGAACAGGUAUAGACUGCUCUUUGUAUCAAAUUGUUUUCUUUUUUAUAUUCUGCAAAGAUAAAAACUAUCGAAUUUUUCCAUGAUGUUUACAGAGAAACGUCACAGCUUCCACCCCCGCCCAAUGACGAACACAUGACGUUUCUCGUGGAAAAAAAUCGAUAUGUGAGGCUUCCAAUAUAGAUAAUUAAAUUUAACAAAUAUUUAUAUAACCUAGCACGAAAUAUUAAGAAAUGAUCAAAGAGAUUAAAGAAAAAACACUUCAAAAACCUUAAAAUUCACUUUUCGCUAUAUAAAAAUAUAGAAAUUGUUUUGUUUUUGCAUAAUAAGCCUCGUUCUCCUGCAGUAUAAAGGCGCGGCCACUAAGUUUCGCAAUUGAUCUAUACCUUAUUUAUAUUCUAUUUCUUGUAAAUAGAUCUAUGCACAUAAUUUUACGUAUACCGUGAAAUCCAGUUGUUACUACAAUUCGGUUUAUUAAUUAAACAGAAUAUUAUUAUAACUAUUAUUAUUAACACGAUACUUUUUUAUUAAGAACAAUUUUAAAAUUCAAAGCCCCCACCCGCCUAAAAUAUCACAUUUAAUUACAAAAUUAUCAACUCCACAAAUAUAUAUAUGUUAGGUAUGUUAUUUAACAAUUAUUUGCCAAAGACGAGGUGAUUAUCUGUGAAUAAAAAUCGAGACGAAGUCGAGGUUUUUAUUCACGAUAAUCACUGAGUCUGAGGUGAAUAAUUUUUUUGGUAAAAUUUCGUAUUUUAGUAUUAUUUCAUAUUUAUUAUUAUUUGGGAAAAAAUAGAAAAAUACACAUUUCUUUGUCAUUUCAUUGAAAAAACGGCUGCGAUCGCCAUUAUGAAAAUCGAGCUUAGCUGAUUAUCCGCGCGUUAUAUAAUUAUUCACCUUAUUAACGGCAACCAAUCAGGGUGGAAAAUUUUUAAUAAUCACCUAAUCAAGUAGAUUAAUGCCUGCGUCUAGCCUAGAAUUACAGUUUUUAAAAUUAAAACACUUUGAUGGCCAUAAAACCUCAGGAAAUCCAUAUUAUACUGGGAAAUUAAAAGUGCUUCACCACAGUAGUCAGAGCUCGACACUUAAACAUUUAGGUGGAAACAUGUCACGUGAUAUUUUUUGUGAUAUUAAAGGAAAAUAUCGUGAUUAAUUGUCAACGACAUUAUGGACUCGGCGUAAUAAAGGAUUCCGUUUUUGUUCAUUUUAAACACCUUAUUGUCAUAACUUUACGUUUCUAACUUCUAAUCGAGGAUUAGCUUUUGUUAUUAAAAUCCAAAAAUCAAUAAUAUCCUUGAGAUAUUCCAGCUAUCAAGGAUAUUAUUGAGGGCUCUGGCAAAUAGUCUUUCUAACGAUGCACACAAUUAAAACCAUGUGAAACGCAAUUUUUCAAAAUAAAUUAACCAUUUACAAAGCAAAUUUACAAUAAAAAAUUAUAAAACGACGCUGUUUUCUGGACUUAUCUCUCAGACUUCGGCUGAAAAGCCACCCAAAAAUGGCGGCGUGAUUGAAUUAAUUGUACUAAUUGUAUUUAAAUUGUCUAUUUUCGCAAACAAAUGAUGCAAACCCAAUACUAUAAUGAGCAGGAUGGUCCUGACUGCUAAAACGUAAUUGUUACAUAAAAAUACUAAUUAUAUUUUCCAUUCAGGUUCCCACUAUACCAUGCUGGUGCACUAUUUGGGUUGAGUCUUCUCGUUUCUGCUGUGGUUUCACUUUUUCAAAUUCCAAUGUUUGCUUUGAUGGAUGGGCCUUAUAAUGGCGACCCAAUAUGGGUAUGACUUUUGGGCGGAUAACGUUACAGACUAGUAUACUAGUAGUGGCUAGAAGCCUGGCACUAAGUAAAAAAUGACGCACCCUCCAAUUCUCUGUGAGUACUGAGAGACAUGCUUCUGUGAAGAGACCAAAUAGAUAUAUUACAUGCAGAAGUUUAUGUUUGUAUUAUUGCUAUUGAAAGUUAACAUUUUAAUAUAGUAGAAUGAUGCUUGCAGCAAAUAGACGGUGCAUCGAAAGUUCAAUAUACUCAAGUACUGUAUACAGUGUAAAACAGUUAUUUCGUUAUCACAACCGGCUCGUAUCCAAUAAUGAAAUGCCAUCUCUUUCCUGUCAGAAGGCAUGGCGCAUUGGCAAGUAAAAUCGUCUGAACCGGUAUUUUAUUCAGUUGACAUCGCACCAUUACGUCUGUUGUUUAAUUAACAUUGUAAAAACGUCGUUUGCUGUACAUUAACACCCAUUUACACGGUACUGGACGAAUUUGGGAUCGGGCUGAAAUUUGUCCUUGUUCGCCUGUUUACACGUCAAUUUGUCCUGUUAGAGGGUCUCAAAUUCGUCCGGUUCCGUGGUUCUCGUGUAAACGGAAGUUCGAAACGGACGAAUUUCAGCCGUCUGUUCGAAAUUUGCCCGAUACCUUGUAAACGGGGUCUUAUAGCAAACUUCGUGCAAGCGCGUAUGUUAAACUUUGGAACAAGUUUUUUUAUUAUUUUGAGAUUGAUUGAAAAUUCAUUUUUUAGGUUUUCAGGAAAAAAAACAGGCAUGCGCGAAACAGUCAUAACCACUGGUUAUCAAUCAUUAACUUAACAUACAGCUUUUUUUAUUGUUUAUAAAUAGAUCAAUGUUGGUUUGUUGGUAGUUCAAAUCCUGGUCAUGGUUCAUCCAGUCUAUCUUUGGCAUUGUUCAAAAGAUGAGAAGAAAUGUAGUAAUAAUCUUUAAUAAUCAUAGACAUACAGACUGACCCUAAUGAUAGUGAGACUACAUUUUAAAGCGGGAUUCAAGUCCGCUUUUCUCGUGCGCUGGCUAUGUUUAGGCCUACAUGUUGUUCUGUAAGUACAUACCAUGCAGUCACAAAUUAGGUUCCAAAACUAAUUUAUCAUAAACAUACAUCCUAUUUAUACAUACAGUUUGACAUAAUUAUUUAAUAAAAAAAUGAACAAUGCAUGCAAAUCUAAGUUCUAAUUAAUAUACUACACGUAGCUUUUGCGCUGCUUGGAUUACUGUGGACCAUUGAGA